GAGUUACUAUUUCUGUAUUUCAUACCUACAAUUCUACAAACCUUAAACCAAAACACCAGAAAGUCACAAACAACCAUCCAAAUUUCCAAUCCAAUCCUACUUGCAAGUUUCAACUUGAAACUCGCAAAAAACUCGAUCAAUUGAAGAAUGGCGAAUACUAAUAUUCAUCCAUAUCAUCAACAACAAUGGGUCCCACCUCCUCCACCACCUCCUACAGCUACUCCUCCCGCACCUCCUCCCAAUUCCGCCAUUCCCAUGCCUCCCCCUCCUCACCCUUCCCUCGACGAGCAAGUAAGAACAAUAUUCUUGUCUGGAUUACCUGAAGAUGUCAAGGAGAGAGAAUUGCAGAAUUUGCUCCGGUGGUUGCCCGGUUAUGAAGCGUCUCAAAUCAAUUACAAAGGAGAACAUCCAAUGGGUUUCGCUCUCUUCACUACUCCUGAAUUUGCUCAUGCUGCUAAAGAUGCACUUCAGAACAUGGUUUUUGAUGCGGAUUCGAAGUCUGUUUUGCAUACGGAGAUGGCUAAGAAAAACCUUUUCGUUAAGAGAGGUAUUGUAGCAGACGCAAAUGCUUAUGACCAAAGUAAGCGUCUACGGACUGGAGACUAUACUCAUACUGGUUAUGCAAGUCCAUCUCCGUUUCACCCUCCUCCAGCUCCUGUUUGGGGACCACAUGGGUAUAUGGCUCCCCUCCCCCCUCCUUCUUAUGAUGCAUAUGGAGGAUAUCCUGUACCUCCAGUGCCGAUGCCUGCACCUGCUCCUGCUCCUGUACCUGCACCAAGCAGUUAUGUUCCUGUGCAGAACACUAAAGAUAACCCUCCUUGUAAUACUCUAUUUAUUGGCAACCUUGGGGAAACCAUAAACGAGGAUGAGCUGAGGGGUUUAUUUACCAUACAACCAGGCUUUAAGCAGAUGAAGGUUCUGAGACAGGAAAGACACACUGUUUGCUUUAUUGAGUUUGAAGAUUUAAAUAGUGCUUCUCUUGUUCAUCAUAAUCUGCAAGGAGCUGUUAUUCCCAGUUCUGGUUCUGUUGGCAUGCGAAUACAGUAUUCGAAGAAUCCCUUUGGUAAGAGAAAGGACUCCAAUCAUUCUCCUGCUGCUGCCGUAGCUGCCCCUACAAUUGCCAUGAAUGGAGCUGCCCCGCCUAUGAACUACCAGUAGUCUGAAGGGGAUGUAUUCUGCUCUUAAUGCUCCGAAACUGCAACUACGUGAUAGGAUGCAUCAUGCAGCAGUUGCAUGCAUCCAUUUCAUCAGCAUUAGCAUUUCUUUUCAUGCCAAUGAAUGCACAUAAUGACAUCAUGAAUGUAUCUUUGGGCCAUGUUUUGCCUUGACGUUUUGCAUUUGACAAAGCAUUCCCUUAAGGGCCCUGAUGACAUCAUAGAUUACAUGCACAUGUUUGUGGGACUGGUGCAUUUCUGCUUUAGUGUUGUGGAAGUGUGUUUAAUGUUAAUAUUAGCCAUGCUGUUAAUUAACAUAAUCUAAUAUAAUUUUGAUGGACUGCCAAGUCAACACUGUUGGAACUUAAAACUUUUGAGUUUCAUUUCAUGGGCAUGAAAUUUUGUAAUAUAAGAGAUAUAGGCGCUCACGUCACUGCUCAUGAUUGCUUUUGCAAUCCAUUGCCAUUGUCAUUGGAACCAUGUUUCAUUCAUUAUCAACCUAUCAAUCCAUCAUCUCUACUGGUUCAAACAGAGAUUACCAUAUAUUCAGAGUUUAGGUUCUUCCAUCAAAGCAUAUAUACUGGGAAAUAUGAGAAAAUGUACUCUGCUCUUAUUAUCAUGCAGGAUAUAUCAGACAGUGACUAAUGGUCUCAUUGCUUCAUGUUCGAAUCGUUGCUGCAACUCUUUUUUCAGGUAAACAGCCGUACUAACGCAGAGCAUUUUUGGAGUUUUUUUUCUGGAUGUUAUAGUCUACUGUAACUUUCCUUUGGUCGAGGGAAUAUGCUAGUAAUCAUAUUAUUUAAGGAGUUCAGAGAUCGUAAUCUCUUUGGAGCCUCUUUUCUGCUGUGUUUUUUGAGAGUUCUGUUGGUUUGGGAUCAAUUGCUGUACUUUGGACUUGAUAAGCAAACUGUUUUUGUUGGGAGAGGCUAAUUGAAUAUUGGGUGCUAUAUUUGUCUGCCUCUUGAACUAUUUCCAUUUUAGUGUAUGAAGGUAGAUGGGCACCUUAACUUGUCAUAUGCUGCGUUUGUACUACGGGUGGUUAUGGGGUGCAGGCCUCGGCAGGGUGCAUGUAAGUCAGUGCGUGAGGGCAUAUUUGUCAGGUUGCGUACUUUUCAUCUGGCUUACCUUGUUUGGAAAAAGGAAGCUCCAUGUUGAGCUUCUACUUGUUAUAACAUUCCUAGUGACUUUCGUGUGCCAUGCUUUGAUAUUCGACUAAAUUACAACGUGCUGAAAUCUUGAUGUUGGGCUCAAGAUCUUGAUGGCCAUGAAAUCAGAAUUCAACUUUUAUAAGAUAACAAAUUUUGAACGAUCCAUUACAUGCUUAAGUGUAGUUUCAAUUACCUUGCAAGAUGGAUACUCGCAGGAAAAAAACAUUUCUAUAUAAAUAUGUGAGAAAUGUAAUGCAAUAUCCAUGCAAAAGAUUUUGUUGCAUCUACGCAAACGUGCUAGUUUAUUAGGUUCGAAGACAUAAUUGCAUUGUCAUGUUGUAUUUUCAACAAAAUAACGCAUCAUGAUGUUGCAUUUGCAAUGAGACUGCAACUCUUCAUACGGCAAAAAUAGAAGACUCUAUUUCAGGUGAGAGUAAGCCUUCUUCACAUUCUAGCUUUUACCUCUUGUGCUGGAGACAGGUGCCUGCAAUAACCUUGGGAGUCAAAAUGAUGGAAGUUUUUGAAGAAGAAACCAAGUAGGAUUCUGAAGUCAAGUCUCAAAUUCUUAUAAAGUUUAAAGAAGAAAGGGUGUUCAUUCAUAGAAUCAGCUAGACUCAACCUAAUGAUGGAAGUACUGAGCGUGGUUCAACCUAUUCCCAUUGUAUAUAUUGAUAUGAUACACCCCAAUUGGUUAGUUUAAGACUUUAGGGGAAGCAAAGGCUUCCACUACUUGUGCUGAUUCUAUGGUUUUAGACCCUCAAGCAACUUCCACCUUGUUUCAGUUUAUGUGACUAAUGUCGCUAUGUAAGGUCUGUUUUCUUUAGCUUUGUAUUAUGUAAGAAUCUAAAAAGAAAGGAGAUUAAGAGGUUUUGUUAUCUCUCCA